AUGUCACAUAAUUCAGUGUCAACAUCAACGUCCGGAUCGAUGGAAAGUGAUUUAUGGGAGGAGGAAAAAGUGAACAUGGAGAAUUUUAUACUCAUACGAGUUCUCGGAAAAGGAGCUUAUGGAAAAGUAUUUUUGACACGAAAAGUCGGAGGACGUGACCACGGAAAAAUCUAUGCAAUGAAGGUACUGCGUAAAAGUCGUGUUAUGACAAAAGCCAAAACACUGCAACAUACGCUAUCCGAACGUCAUGUGCUGGAACGCCUCAAAGGAUUGCCAUUCCUGGUUGAAAUGAUCUAUGCAUUUCAGUCCGAUUCAAAACUACACAUUGUUAUGGAAUUCAUCAAAGGUGGUGAAUUAUUUACUCAUUUAUGCAAUAAAGGAUCAUUUGAUGUGCAGUCAGCAAAAUUCUAUAUUGCUGAAUUGGUGGUUGCCAUUGAUAGUGUUCACAAGCAAAAAGUUGUGUAUCGGGACUUAAAACUGGAAAAUGUUCUGUUGGAUGAAAAUGGACAUAUCAAAUUAACAGAUUUUGGAUUGAGCAAGGAGCUGAAAGAUAAUGAGUUACACAGGGCAAAUUCGUACUGUGGUACCAUAGAAUACAUGGCACCAGAAGUAGUAGAACGAACAGCAGAAGGAUAUGAUGAGACAGUGGAUUGGUGGAGUCUAGGUGUCAUUGCAUUUGAAUUAUUGACAGGAUGUUCACCGUUCACAGUUGAUGGACAUUCAAAUACGAGUAGAGAUAUUGCGAGAAGAAUUCUAACAAAACCUGUACCAUUUCCGCGAAACUUUAAUAAAUUCGCUUUGGAUUUCAUUAGUCGUUUGUUGGAAAAAUCAGCACGAUGUCGUUUGGGCAGAAAUGGUGUUGAUGAAAUCAAGAAUCAUCUUUUUCUUGCUGAUAUUGAUUGGCAUCAAUGUGAACGGCAUGAGUUAGAACCACCAAUUGUACCAAAAAUUUCAAACGAUAUAGAUGUGACCAAUUUCGCUCCAGAGUUCACAAAUCAGAUGCCAGUCUAUUCACCAGCUGAUACUCCUCUUGAUACGCGCAAUCUUUUUCGGGGUUACUCGUUUGUGUCACCAUCAGUAAUGUUUGCUAACAAUAACAUAAUUGGUGAGGAAUGUUUGGCAGAGGAUUUCAGAGCGCUAGUUUCGGUUUCACCUUUCUUUUCUAAGUAUAAAUUGGAUCGCUCAGAAAGUGGUCUUCUUGGAAAAGGAUCGUUUUCAAUUUGCAGGAAAUGUGAGAGGUUAUCGGAUGGAGUUGUAUUUGCUGUGAAAAUAGUUUCUCAACGCUUUCAGUCUCAGGCAAGUCGAGAGGCGAGCAUUCUCAACUUAGUAGGUGGACAUCCAAACAUUGUUCGCCUCAUUGAUGUUCAGUCGGAUAGUUUGCAUAUCUAUUUGGUAAUGGAAUUACUUGAAGGCGGAGAAUUGCUGACUAGAAUUAAAAAAAUGGAAACAUUUACGGAAGCUCAGGCUGGUAAAAUAAUGAAGCAGCUCGUAUCAGCGGUUUCCUAUCUUCACUUUAGAAACGUUGUACAUCGUGAUUUAAAGCCAGAGAAUAUUCUUUUUGAGAGCAAUGAACCGCAGGCAAAAUUGCGUUUAGUCGAUUUUGGGUUUGCCCGUCUUCUGCCAUCUGCAACAGACAAUUUGUUAACUCCCUGCUUCACUUUGCACUAUGCGGCACCAGAAGUUCUUGAGAGCGAUGAUCAAUUGCCACAAUAUAAUGAACAGUGUGAUCUUUGGAGUCUUGGAGUUAUUCUCUUCACGAUGCUGUGUGGUAACGUACCUUUUCAUGCACGUAGCAAAUAUGAGUCAGCAACCGAUAUUAUGAGACGGAUUCGAAAUGCUGAAUUCUCGUUUGAUGCAUCCCAGUGGCGUAGUAUCAGUACAGAAGCAAAGACUUUAAUUACUUUGCUGUUAACUGUUGAUCCAACAAAGCGUUUAUCUUUGGAUGAACUACAAUGCCACCCAUGGUUGCUAAGUGCUGCUGCACAAAAUGAAACACCACUUCAGACUCCGACAACACUGUUAAGAUCUCAAUCCCACACAGAGGAAACAUUUAACGAAACUAUCAAUGCUUUUCUGAAUGCUAACCGUGAGGGAUUCCACCUAAUGGAAGUUGCUGCAGCUCCACUACUUGUAAAAAGACGUGGCAUGAAACGGAAGAGUUUCGGUUCACGUGAACCUUCUCCUGGAUUUGAAUCGACAACAAAUAAGAAAGCAACAGUUACUGGUCCACUUGAAACAGUGCCGGAAGUUGCAUCACCGCAACUUUCACGUCCGUCAUUAUUGUUCUUGCAAUCAUCAGCCACGGAUUAUAGGAAUUCUAAGUCUCCGACAACUUCCGGCAACAACUCGAGAUACUGA